UUUACUCUAGGAAAAAAAGGACAAGAUUAUCUCCCUUUCACACACAUACCACACUUUUCUCAUCCCCUUCCCACGUUCAUUACACUUUUUCACUCUCCCUUCACGCCGUUUAGUUAAAAACAACCCCAAAAAUCUAAUCAUUUCACUAUUCAUUUUCACAGGAAAAUCAAGAAACAGAAAAAAAAGGGUUAAAAAGGUGGAACUAUGGGAGUGUUAUGUAUGUUUCACGAAGUACAAAUACGAGAAAUACGUGUCUUUUGUAUGUAAAAAGACCAUUAAAUCCCUAUUGUUUUUAACAAAAUAAUAUCAAUAGACACCAAGUGUAGACUGGUAUUUCUUUUGUUUUAUAAUUUAUAAAGCCCCUUACGCACACGUAUAAAAGACAAACGACAACAUCAACAUCUCAUCACAUAACAAAUAUCAAGAUUAAAUCAAUUCAUCAAAAAGAAAUUUAUAAAAAUGGGCUUUUGGACACUCUUCGGGGUCGCAUCAAUGCCAAUAGUUCAAGUCUUAAUAGUGAGCGUCAUAGGAGCUUUAAUGGCUACAGAUCACUUCAAUCUUCUGUCCAACGACACUCGUCGCUCCCUUAAUAAGAUUGUGUUUGUGGCUUUCACACCAUCUCUUGUUUUUGCAAGUCUUGCCGAAAGUGUCACAUUUCAAGACAUAAUCUCAUGGUGGUUUAUGCCUAUAAAUAUUGGAUUAACAUUUUUGUGUGGAGGAAUAUUGGGAUGGAUAGCAGUAAAACUAAUUAAACCAGCAGCACAUAUGGAAGGCCUAAUCAUUGCGAUGUGUUCAACUGGCAACUUGGGAAACAUCCUUUUAAUAAUCAUUCCGGCAAUCUGCACUCAAAGUGGAAGUCCUUUUGGAGAUGGUAACGUUUGUAAAGCUAAUGGACUCUCGUAUACAUCAUUUUCCAUGGCAGCGGGUUGUUUCUAUAUAUGGACAUAUACAUACCAAUUAAUUAGAAACUCAGCAGUGAAGUACAAUGAAAUGAAAAAGGAGGAGGAUUUAUUGAUCAAGGAUAUAAACAAAGACUUCAAUGCAAACGAAACAAGUCAUCUCUUAUUAAAUGAAGGUCAAGCGCACGUUGAUCCAGAAAAUCCAACUAUGGUGUACAAAGAUCUUGCCAACAGUGAGAAAAAACAAGGGUCUUCCUCUAGACUAAUAGAAACUUUACAAAAUAUGUUGGAAGAGCUAUUAGCACCUCCAACAAUUGGUGCUAUUGCAGGAUUUAUUUUCGGUGCAGUUCCAUGGUUGAAAAAGCUAUUGAUUGGUGAUGAGGCUCCAUUACGAGUGAUCCAGGACUCUAUCGCGUUACUCGGGGAUGGAACAAUACCUUGUAUCACACUUAUAUUAGGAGGAAAUUUGAUACAAGGUUUGAGAAAUUCAAACAUAAGAUAUGUUACUAUCAUCACAAUUAUUGUGAUCCGAUACUUGAUUCUUCCUGUAAUUGCAAUUGGAGUUGUUAAAGGUGCUGGCACUUUGGGAUUACUUCCAUCUGAUCCUCUUUUUAGUUUUGUACUCAUGAUCCAGUUUGUUGUGCCACCUGCCAUGAAUAUCAGUACAAUGACACAAUUAUUCAAUGUUGCACAAGAGGAGUGUUCGGUGCUUACGAUGUGGACUUACGUUUUCGCAACAUUUGCACUUACUGGAUGGUCAACGGUCUUCAUGUGGAUCUUGACUUGA